AUCGCUCACGUGGGGCAACCGAUAAGAAGCUCUCCGAAGGCGGAACCUGUCGCUUUUCGAUGCAUGGAAAAUCCCCGCUAAAUUCCAUCAUGACUCCUACAGUCUAGAUUCUCAAAGCGCAGGGAACGACGACUACUUUUUCCAACAUAAACCCUUCAGACGCCCAUGAAAGGGCUUUGGAAACAUCUUCCUUUCAGAGCACCUCAUCGAUCCAGGCUCUUUUCGACCAGUCGCAUCGCAAUGGCUCGGAGUUACGAGGAUGCGAUUGCAGCACUUAAUUCGCUGCAGUCGAAUUUCGCAGUUGUCGAUGCGAUCAGAAAGUCGGGCCGGGCUAUGAACCAGCAGGCCAUUCCGGAGAUGAUCGAGUGGUGUAGGAAGAUAGGUUACGAGCCCGCAGAAUUGAAUCGUCUGAACCCAAUCCAUAUCGCCGGUACGAAGGGGAAGGGUUCAACCUCGGCUUUCGUCUCUUAUAUUCUUGCCCAAUACCUCCCAUCCUCCUCACGAUCAUCAUCGAAGAUCACCAAGGUCGGCCUUUACACGUCUCCUCACCUUCGCUUUGCUCGGGAACGCAUUCAGAUUAACAACACCCCUCUGUCCGAGGAACAAUUUGCGAAAUAUUUCUUCGAGACAUGGGAUCGGCUGGAAGAGUCUGCCCGCGCUGCAGGAAUAGACCCUAAGGAACCAGGGACUAAACCGAUAUAUUUCCGUUUCCUCACUCUUAUGGCAUUCCACACGUAUAUGAGUGAGGGCGUGGAUGCUGCCGUGAUUGAAUGUGGAAUUGGAGGCGAGCACGAUAGCACAAACAUCAUUGUGCAGCCAGCCGUCAGCGGAAUCACCAGCCUAGGCAUUGAUCAUGUCGCCGUCCUUGGGUCAACCAUUGAGCAAAUAGCCUGGCACAAGGCUGGUAUCAUGAAACCUGGGGCCAAAGCUUUCACUGUUCCUCAAGCGGACGCGGCGCUCAAGGUGCUGUUUGAGAGGGCAGCAGAGAAGGGCGUUGAGCUGCGGGUUGCAGAGGGUCAUCCGGAAUUGAACAAGACGAGCGGGUUGAAGCUGGGUCUUGCCGGUGACUUCCAAUACACAAACGCCAACCUGGCUGUUGCCGUGGCUGGGGAGUUUUUGAGGAAACGUGGAAUUGAAGGCAUCCCCGAAGAUAUAUUGAGGGCCCCGUUACCUGAUGAGUUCCGGAGAGGUCUCGAACAGACUCAGUUAGGAGGGAGAUGUGAAACGAGACACGAGAAAAACGUCUCGUGGUAUAUUGAUGGAGGCCAUACCCUGGAGAGUAUCCGAGUAGCGGGAGAGUGGUUCGCAUCACAGAUUCUCGCUCACUCUUCCUCUACUGAGGCAGCCAGUAAGAAGCCAAGAGUGCUCAUUUUCAAUCAACAGACACGCGACAGCGUGGCCUUGGCCAAGGCUCUACACCAGACUCUUGCUGAGGCUUUGGGCGCUGAGAAGCCUUUCACCCAUGCCAUCUUCUGUACUAAUGUCACUUACAAGGAUGCUGGAUACCGGCCAGACUUGGUUAGUAUCAACACUAACUCCGCUGACAUCGAAAAACUGAGUGUACAAAAUACUUUGGCCGAAACGUGGAAGACGAUUGAUCCCACAGCGACCGUUGAAGUUCUGGGAACGAUUGAAGAGGCUGUCGAGUACGUCAGGGAUCUGGCCGAGAAAAAUCAACACCAAGUUUCUGAGUCAGAAUCAGCCGUCAUGACUCUGGUCACAGGCAGUCUCCAUCUUGUGGGUGGCUUCCUCGAUGUCGUCGAGACUAAGCCUGGCCCGCAGUGAUCGGGCACUGCUCCUUAUGCUUGUGCUCA